AUGAACGAAAAUCUAUUUGCCCCAUUCAUCACUCCUACAAUCAUAGGUAUUACAACAUUACCAAUUAUUAUAAUCUUUCCAUGUAUUAUUUUAUCAACCCCAAAACGCUGACUCCCUAAUCGUAUCCAAACGCUACAAAUCUGACUAAUCCGACAAAUCACAAAACAAAUACUAUCAAUGCACAAUACACGAGGUCGAACCUGAGCUCUAAUACUAAUGUCCCUUAUUCUCUUCAUCGCAUCCACUAAUCUCCUAGGUCUACUCCCAUACUCUUUUACUCCCACAACACAACUUGCCAUAAACAUUGGCAUGGCCAUCCCACUAUGAUUAGCCACCGUAAUCAUAGGCUUUCGUAAUAAACCAAAAGUAUCUUUAGCCCACUUCCUACCACAAGGUACACCCACCCCUCUUAUCCCAAUACUUAUUAUCAUCGAGACAAUUAGCCUUUUCAUCCAACCUCUAGCCCUCGCAGUACGACUAACAGCCAACAUUACCGCAGGACACCUACUCAUUCACCUAAUCGGUUCCGCUACAUUAGCCCUAUCCUCCAUUAGCAUAACCGUAUCAACUAUCACAUUUACAAUCCUCUUCUUAUUAACUAUCCUAGAAUUAGCUGUAGCUAUAAUCCAAGCCUACGUUUUCACACUUCUAGUAAGCCUAUACCUACAUGACAACUCCUAA